ACAAGCUGGCCCGACGCUAUACUUCUAAAAUUUGAUAGCAAGCGAAGUUCUUUCAGAAUCUACAAAUCAAAAUGAGUUUAAAGAAAAAAGUAUGUGGUCUAUGGUGCAGGCACAAACCAUCGCAAAAUCAAAAAGCAUUGGCCGUAGCCUUCGCACCAUCCGCUGCCACCUUUGGGCUGGCUGCAGCAUUGGCUGUUGUUUACUAUACCGAUUGGAAAGUAAUUGCCGGAUGGAUUCCCCUAUAUAAUACCAAGUUUCCUAAGCCUGAAGACCCUAAGAAAAAAAAGUAAUAGGAGAUGAAGGCUGCCGCUCGCUUAUUUUUAGUCUUUAUGCUUGAACAAAAUCGUACUCUUGAAGAUCGUGACUUCUGGGGAAAAUUAUCCAAAUAAUCGGUUUUUACUGGUAUUCAAUGUUUUUUCUAUGUAUUUCGAUGCCUUUUGCGGUUGAAUGUUGCUUAUAUUUUGGAAAUGCAUUUGGUGGAACACGCUUCCAAACAAAAUAAAUGCUCUGCCAGUCAAAACACAAGUCGAAAGAACAACAAAUAAAUCCUUAAUCCUUAAUCCAAAAAAAAAAAAA